AUGCAAGACUUCCCUCAUGAAGAUAAGAAAAGCUCAUCAGAGCACAUCCACAUCGAGAACAAAGACUCCCUCGAAAGUAUCGCCCAACUCGCCGCCGAAACAGAGCAUCGUCAAACAUUCUGGCAAGCUCUCAAAACCGAAAGGAAAUCCGUCUUUUGGUCCGUAGCCGUAUCGACGGCAAUUAUCAUGGAAGGAUAUGACAUUGUCCUCGUCACGUCUCUCUUCGCGCAACCAGCCUUCUCGAAACACUAUGGUAUUCAGACUGGUGAUGAUUGGCAGAUCCCAGMACAAUGGCAGUCGGCUUUGGGGAGUGCUCCUAUUAUCGGAGCGGUCCUGGGGGCUUUCUUGAAUGGCUGGCUCACGUACAAAUUCGGAUAUCGGAAGGUAUUGCUGGCGUCGCUGGUGGCAAUCACUGUUUUCAUCUUCCCGCUCUUCUUUGCGCCCUCCUUGGCCGUGCUACUGGUCGGUUUGAUUCUCUGUGGUAUUCCGUGGGGCGUGUUUGCAAGUAUGGCUCCUGCGUACGCUUCUGAGAUCUGUUCCAUGACUUUGAGAGGCUACUUGACCGUAUACAUCAAUCUUUGCUGGGCCCUGGGACAACUGAUCGCGGCUGGGGUUUUGACUGGUUUCAACUCCGGCACGACCACACUGGCAUUCAGAAUCCCAUUCGCCAUUCAAUGGGUCUUUCCCAUCCCCCUCUUCACUCUCAUCUGGUUCGCUCCGGAGUCUCCAUGGUGGCUGGUCCGAAAGGGCCGCAUUGACCAGGCGAGACUAUCGCUACAAAGACUGUCUUCCACAGAAGCUACACUCGCAACAGAAGAUACUCUCGCUCUGAUUAGACAUACCAUGGAGAUUGAAGCCGAGUCUCAAGGUGGCUCCAGCUACUGGGACUGCUUCAAAGGCGUCGACCGCCGACGCACCGAAAUUGUGUGCAUGACAUUUGCCGCGCAGGUCUGGUGUGGGAGUCCACUCGGCGGCACGCCCGUCUACUUCUUCACGCAAGCCGGUCUUUCUUCCGAMCAUUCCUUCAAAUUCAGCGUGGGUGGGCUUGGUCUAGCGAGUAUAGGCACCAUUGUCUCAUGGUUUCUCAUCUCUCGCUUCGGUCGCCGCACGCUGUAUGUGGUAGGACUCGGUGGCUUGACCGGUCUCCUUGUCCUGGUCGGAAUCCUGGCAUCCGUGUCUAAUACCAGUGCUUCAUCCUACGGUCAGGCGGGUCUCGUGGUUGUCUGGCUCUUGUUAUACUAUCUCACCGUCGGCCCAGUUUGCUACGCCAUCAUCUCCGAAACAUCAGCGAUACGCCUUCGAAAUAAAUCGGUCUGUCUCUCGCGAAUCGCGUACUACGUCUCGCAGGCGAUUGGGAAUGUCAUUCAACCAUAUAUGAUCAACCCCACUGCGGCCGGGUGGCGUGGGAAAACUGCAUAUUUCUGGGCAGGCACUUGUCUUGUUUUCUUCGCCUGGGCACUUUUUCGUCUGCCCGAGACGCGCAAUCGCUCUUACGAGGAGCUAGACCUCUUGUUCCAGGCCAAUGUAAAAGCCGCAAAAUUCGCGACGACACAGGUAGAUCCCUACGCCGCGAGGGAGGAACGUGUCAAGACUGAGUGA